GGAACCCGCUUUGGGGCCAUGCUGGACAUGCUGACUGACCGUUGUACUACUAUGUGUCUGCUGGUGAACCUGGCUAUGCUCUAUCCCAAGUCUGCCCUCUGGUUUCAGCUUAGCAUGAGCCUGGAUGUGGCCUCCCAUUGGCUACAUCUCCACAGCACUGUGGUGAAAGGUGGAGAAAGCCAUAAGAGUAUAAGAAAUCCGAUCUUGAGAGUGUAUUACAACUCAUGGCCUGUUCUUUUCAUUAUGUGUGCUGGUAAUGAACUCUUCUACUGCAUGUUAUACUUGUUGUGUUUCGGUGAAGGGCCAGAAAUCCUGUCAGGAUACGCUGGACUCUACCGCCUGAUUCUGUGGGUUUGUACCCCCAUUGCCAUCACCAAGAGCUUCAUCAGCUUAAUUCACUUGGUCUCGGCCUCGUGCAAUAUGGCUGCCUUAGAUGCUGCUGAACGGGGAAAGAAGAUGUAG